CUUUCAAGCAAUCAUCUGUCUUCUUCGAUAUACAAUUGGUUGUUCAACUUCAGCAGCAGCCUUGCUUAUCACUCGGAGGUAAUGAGUUAAAAGGUUCGAUUCCAGAUGCCUUCGGUGACGUGGUUUCCCUCACAAACCUCAGUCUCUCUUGGACUCAACUUGAAGGUGGCCUUCCGAAGUCCUUUGUUAAUUUAAGUCAUUUGCAGUCUUUGGAUCUGUCAGAAAAUGAUCUAACGGAAGAGCUUCACGAGUUUCUAGAAAAGUUGUCAGGGGCAACGAAUUCAUUAGAGUGUUUGGUUUUAUAUGAAAACCGGCUUAAAGGCCCAUUGCCCGAUUUCACUAGAUUUUGUGUGUUGAGAGAAUUGAACCUUGGUUAUAAUCUGUUGAGUGGGUCAUUCCGCAAAAACAUUGGAAACCUUCCAAGUCUUUUUUCUCUGUUUUUGUCUUGGAAUCAAAUUACAGGGUCAUUACCUGAUCUUUCAGUGUUUCCAUCAUUGCGAAUAUUAGAUCUGAGAAACAAUCUGUUGAAUGGGACUAUAGAUAGAGGUAUUGGACAGCUUCAUGAGCUCGUGUAUUUAUGCUGCGGUUUCAACUCAUUAAAAGGCACAAUCUCUGAAGCACACUUCUCCAAUCUCUCCAGUUUGCAGUAUUUGGACUUCUCUCAUAAUGUUCUAACUUUUAACUUCAGUUCUGUCUGGGUUCCCCCUUUCCAACUUCGUGUUAUAAUGUUGUCGUCUUGCAAGUUGGGUCCUCGUUUCCCAGGGUGGCUUCGAACUCAAAAGAAUUUUUCUGUGCUUUAUAUCUCCAGUGCUGGAAUUGUAGGUAAUAUUCCUAGUUGGUUCUGGGAUCUAUCCCCGAGAUUAGAUUCUCUAAAUCUCUCUCACAACCAGAUUAACGGCAUCUUGCCUGAUCUAUCAUUGAAGUUUCAUGGUUCAGGAAUAGAUUUAAGUAAUAAUCUUCUUACAGGUCCAAUACCACUAGUUCCUCUGAACGUAUCAUUUUUGAAACUCUCCGAGAAUAUGUUUGGAGGCUCGCUUUCUUUCUUAUGCGCAAUUGCUGGGGAGUUUCGUAUGAUCUUUCUUGACCUCUCGAAUAACCAACUAUCAGGAGAGCUUCCAUAUUGUUUGUCCCACUUCAAAAGACUAUCCAUCAUUAGUUUGGCAAACAACAAUUUGUACGGGGAAAUUCCCAGCUCUAUUGGCUCGCUGAGUCAAAUUCAAAUAUUGAACAUGCGCAAUAACAAUUUAUCUGGGGAAUUGCCUUUUUCUCUUGAGAGAUGCACAGAACUGAGUAUUAUUGACUUAAGAGGUAACAAAUUCGCAGGAAUAGUACCAGCAUGGUUGGGGACGCACCUGACAAAUUUGAAAGUCCUUAUUCUUCGAUCCAAUGAGUUCAACGGAAGCAUACCUCAGCAGACAUGUCAUCUUAACUACAUUCAAGUAUUGGACUUGUCCCAGAAUAAUUUAUCAGGAAAUAUACCACCAUGCUUUUUCAAUUUUACUACUCUGGUGGAAAGUAAGAAUUCUGAUGCCACCACAAGUUAUGAGUACACAUUACCGUUUGCCGAUUUUGCUAUUGACGAUAUGGCUAAUGAUGGCACGUAUGAAGCUAAUGCAUUUCUGCAAUGGAAAGGACAAGACCGGGAGUACGACAAAAAUCUCGGACUGCAAAAGAUCAUUGAUCUCUCUAGCAAUAGAUUAUCCGGAAAUAUUCCUGAACAAGUUUGGAGUCUAGCAGGGUUGCAUUCCUUGAACCUCUCAAGAAACAAUUUGACAGGAAAAAUCACUCAAGAGAUCAGUCGGAUGGAAAUGUUGGAAUCACUUGACUUGUCUGCAAACGGAUUUUCUGGUGAAAUUCCUAGAAGCCUUGCUCAUCUAAAUUAUCUAAGUGUUUUGAACCUCUCAAGUAACAAUUUGUCUGGCAAAAUCCCAUUUGGCACACAACUCCAAAGCUUUAAUGCUUCUGCAUAUGCUGGUAAUCCUAACCUUUGUGGGCUUCCACUUCCCAACAAGUGCCUUGGAGAUCCUCCAAUUACUCCCCAACCCAAAGACAAAAGCAUUCAAGAAGAUGAGGAUAGGUCCAUUACUCAAGGAUUUUAUGUUAGCAUGGGACUUGGUUUCUUCUUCGGAUUUUGGGGAGUUUUUGGCACUAUACUCUUCAAUAGUCGGUCUCAACAUGCAUUUUUCAAGUUCCUAAACCACAUAACGGAUUGGAUCUACGUGACCACUGUAUUGAAUUGGGCUAGACUACAAAGGAGGCUUUAAAUCUUAUCAGUCAUAUUGCAGAACAAGCUUGGGACUCCUUCGUCGUUCAAUUGCUACGGUAACUUAUAUUCCCCAGAUGUUAGCUAGUUGCCAUAAUUGGAUAACUUGAUCCUAAAAUUAGCAUAAGUUUCUGAUUUGCAAUUUAAUUGGGUAAUUAAGGUCUAUUUUGGCUUGAUAAGCCAUUUUUUUCUUUGAUUAUUAAUUUUGUCUUUAUUUAAAAAAAAGUUUGGAAUGUAAUUAUGUACCUUUUUGAUU